AUGACAAUCAUUCUCUUCUGUGACUACAUCUGCAAGAUCCAACUGGUCGAUUUGCUCAGUGAGCAUUAUGCCUUCAGACCUACGAUUACCAUAUUCAGCACCGACCUGAGAAGGGAACAUAUAGCAGCUGAUGGUUUAUCUCAUGCAGUAGAUGGUGCACCUUCAGACCCCAUCUCAACUAUAGCAGCACUCGUAAUUAAUGGAGAGGAGACGGUAUCCAUGGUACCAAAACAUAAGGUACAAAGUCAUGAGACAACAGGUUACACUCCAACCUUUCUUAACUUUGGACACGAGUUAUUCAGCCACGUCUCCCAAUAUGUGGUUUAUGAUGGAUCAGAGAAAAUGACUAAGAUCGAUGAAAAACUAAGGUUAAUCACGGAAGAUGUCCACAGUGGGUUGUGGCAAGUCCAAGAAAACGCACACACUCCCAGACCUAAGUAAAUACUAUACUGCCAAACUUGCAUUGAAGUAUGAA